AGUUGAUUGCAAAUGAAGAAUCGACUCUUACGUUAUCGGCUCCUGUCAGUACGUUUCCAUAACCGAACACCACGUGACCUUGAAUGGAGGAUGUUUUCAUCUCCAUAUGAAUAAAUCUCUGCUGUUUCCAAGGCUUUCUUUAUACAUUUUGCUCUGGAAGACUGUGACCAUGUCCACGGAGCAGCUGCUGUCAGUAGAUUAUGAAGUAUAUGGGAGGGUCCAGGGAGUGUUUUUUCGAAAAUAUACUCAGUCUGAGGGGAAGAAGUUGGGUUUGGUCGGCUGGGUGAAGAACACUUCGGCUGGAACGGUAGAGGGUCAGCUCCAAGGCCCUGCAACUAAAGUCAGGCAGAUGCAGGAGUGGCUCAAGACCACCGGCAGUCCACAGUCCCGGAUCAUUAAAGCUGAUUUCAGUAAUGAGAAGGAAAUCGAGAACGUGGAGUUCAAGGAUUUCAAAGUUGUCCACUAAUCAGUGCAGUAAACUACUGGACUUGUAAUAUAAAGAUAUUUGAGAUGAAGCUGGUUGCCUGUUACACUGAAAAUACACUCCGAUGAAGGCCUUGAUUGUACUUAACAUAUGCAGUAAUAAAUCAUACAUCAUCUCUA